GUCACCACUCACAUCUGACAAGAACAACCUUCUUAACAUACACUUCCAUAUUUAUGAAUGGGGAUGAACAGUUUAGCUCAUCAACUAUGGAGCACAGAAUGAUGAUUUUCAGGUCCAUGAGUGGCCGGAUCCUGGGUUAAGUUACCCACCAGGAUGUUCCAUUUGCAAAAUCCAGAGAUGCUACAGAUGCUAGAGAAAUCCUUAGUGGAGUACCUGCCUGAAUCCAUAAAGGUUUAUGGGACCAUCUUCCAUAUGAACCAGGGGAACCCCUUCAAGGUAAAGGCUCUGGUGGACAAGUGGCCUGAUUUUAAUACAGUAGUUGUCCGUCCUCAGGAGCAGGAGAUGAUCGAUGACCUUGAUCACUACACCAACACCUACCAAAUCUUUUCUAAGGACCCCAAGAACUGUCAAGAAUUCCUUGAAAAACCAGAUGUCAUCAACUGGAAACAACAUUUGCAAAUCCAAAGUGCACAGUCAAGCCUGGAUGAGGUGAUACAAAGUGUUGCAGCUGCUAAAUUGGUUGAGGUCAAGAAAACACAGUGCUUCCUUUAUAUGAUACCAAUAACAGUAAAGAAACUGUUACCUUCCCUGUUGGGUACACAGCAUUUAAAAUCUGAGACUCCCAGCAUCAUCAAUCAAGAGAUGUUUAAACUCUCAUCGCUGGAUGUAGCACACGCUGCCUUAGUGAAUAAAUUCUGGGCCUUUGGCGGUAAUGAGAGGAGCCAGAGAUUCAUCGAGCGCUGUAUCCGGACCUUCCCCACCUUCUGUCUGCUGGGGCCUGAGAAGACUCCUGUGACCUGGGUCCUGAUGGACUACACUGGAGAGCUGCGAAUGGGAGCCACUGUGCCUCAGUACCGGGGCUUGGGCCUUGGAUCUUAUCUCGCACACAUCCAGAUUCAGACUCUAGAAAAUGUUGGCUUCCCCCUGUAUUGCCAUACUGCCAAAAACAACAAAGCUGUACACAAAAUAAGUCGCAAUCUGAAUUAUGUCCCUAUGCCCUGUGACUGGAACCAGUGGAACUGCAUGCCUCUGAGAAGCUGUCUCUGAACAUGAGAAAGUGUUGGAGGGCUGUGAUGUGACUUAAGUAGACCGAACAUAUAAAUCAUAAGCAGCAGGGAAGGAUGGGCUUUGUUUUAGCUCUAUGGAAACACUGCCAAUGGUCAAUGGGAUGUCUUGUUCUUGAAGCCACAUUACUUUUGAGGUCAAGCAUUCCUGGCAUGGCCUGCACCUUUCUGAAGUCACCACAGUUUUCUGAAGUGGCCAAAGUGUGUGUCCCAUGUUCUGUAUUUCUGGAUCCUAUUGCCUCCAUUAGUCUCCUAGGGGCUGCCUCAAUUCUUUUCCAGGACCUCCUGACUCAUAUAUCUUAUUGUCAAGAUGUGGUGUCUUUUCAUCCUUGAGUAGCAUAUAAUUUGUUUUUCUCUGAUCUCUUUAUUCAGUGGGCCAAGUGUCCUGCCAGUUCUGUAAGUAUUACAAAGUGAUUAUUCUACUAGAAGCCUUUUAUUUACAUUCCGGCUUCAUAAGCAUGUUAAUCUAUGAAAAUAUGGCAGUGAAACUGAUGAUACAUGUAAACUAAUAUGCACUAAUAAAAAUGAGAAGAAAUCAUGUUAAA